CUAAGGAGACCUGGAACCUAUUUGCCUGGCAUAGACCAACUCCUUCCCACCCACUUGGCAAUGACUUUUGCCAGAAAUGAAGAUGUGGUCACCAAUGACAAGGUUCGUUCAUGAAGCCCAUACCAGCAUCCAGGCAGCAGCUGCAGUCAUGCCUUCCCCAUCCUAAGCCACCCCUCUUCAUCCGUACUGACCUGCAUGGUGUGGGUUCCCUUGGGACAUCCAAGGACAAAUCGCCUGACCAUCCUACGUACAUUUAACAACAGCUGCACAAAAAUGUCUGUGGCGUGGCUGCUGGAUUGGAGCUGGUCCCUGGAUGGACUCCGGGACUGUAUCGCUACCGGCAUCCAGUCGGUGCGGGACUGUGACACUACAGCUCUGACUACUGUGGCCUGCCUGCUGGUCUUGUUUGUAUGGUACUGUUACCACGUAGGCCGGGAACAACCUCGGCCCUACGUCACUGUGAACUCCCUCAUGCAGAGCGCCGAUGUCAAUGGGCUGCAGAACGGAUAUGUGUACUGCCACUCACCUGAGUGUGUGCGUUGUACCCACAACGAUGGACUUAACCAGAAACUCUAUCACAACUUGCAAGAAUAUGCAAAACGCUAUUCCUGGUCUGGCAUGGGCAGGAUCCACAAAGGAAUCCGGGAGCAAGGACGCUACCUGAACAGCCGGCCAUCCAUCCAGAAGCCAGAAGUCUUUUUCUUACCAGACUUACCCACCACUCCUUAUUUCUCCCGAGACGCACAGAAACAUGAUGUGGAACUGUUGGAACGCAACUUCCAGACCAUACUGUGUGAAUUUGAGACUCUGUACAAAGCUUUCUCCAAUUGCAGCCUUCCCCAAGGAUGGAAAAUGAAUAGCACCCCUAGUGGGGAGUGGUUCACCUUUUAUCUGGUGAACCAGGGGGUAUGUGUUCCCAGGAACUGCAGAAAAUGCCCACGGACGUACCGAUUGCUUGGAAGCCUUCGCACCUGCAUUGGUAACAAUGUCUUUGGGAAUGCGUGUAUCUCAGUACUGAGCCCUGGCACGGUUAUCACAGAGCACUAUGGACCUACCAAUAUUCGCAUUCGAUGCCACUUAGGUCUGAAGACGCCCAGUGGCUGUGAGCUGGUGGUGGGAGGAGAGCCCCAGUGCUGGGCAGAGGGCCGUUGUCUCCUGUUUGAUGACUCUUUUCUUCAUACCGCAUUCCACGAAGGUUCAGCAGAAGAAGGGCCACGAGUGGUUUUCAUGGUCGAUCUGUGGCACCCAAAUGUGGCAGCAGCUGAACGCCAAGCCCUUGAUUUUAUCUUUGCUCCAGGACGAUGAGUCCAUGUCUGUGCUGGCAUGGGUCAGAAGGCCAGAGGCCUAGCCUGGGAAGGGCUCCAGCCCAGUGUGCCCCUGGCUGAGGUGGCAUUACCACGGACACAAACCUGCUUCAGUAGAAAGCUUUCCUUUGGGACUGAUGCCAUGUCGGAUUUCUCUCUUCUUUGGUUAUUGUAAAUGGAAGUUUCCAGCUUGUAUUUUCUUAGAUUUGUUUUUUUUUUUCCAAUCAUCUGCUUCAGGGGUUUCUUUUGGAUACAACCGUGCAUUAUUUUCAC